CCGUAACUGCAUGCAUGGCCACCAUUCAUCCAUCCGGGCGUUGGGGUAGAGCAAGGACGUUGGGGUAGAGCUUUGUCAACUUUGUUGAUCUUGGCGAUAGGCGCUAUGGUGUCCGAGGAAUGAUCCGUUGAAACGUUGAAAUGCCAGCUGACGGUGCAGAAUUGUGACGUCUGUGUCGUGCUCACGGGUACCGAUUCGGGGCACUUACUUCGGUGCCCCAUUUCGCUCGAGGCAUGAGUAAUGUGGACCUCAAGGUGGUCCUCCUGGGUAAAGAGUACGGGGGCAAGACGAGCCUCGUGGAGCGGUACCUCUAUGACCGGUUCGACUCCGCCACUCCCUACCAGAAUACAAUAGGUGCUGCGUACGGGGCCAAGCAGAUCGCUGUCCGGAACCGAAAGAUCACCCUCGGUAUCUGGGACACUGCUGGAAGUGAGCGGUACGAAGCCAUGAGCCGGAUUUAUUACCGGAGUGCCGGCGCAGCCGUCGUCUGCUUUGACCUCAUUGACAGGGAGAGCUUCCAAAAGGCCAAGUUCUGGGUUGAGGAGCUGCGAAAGUAUGAAGAGAAAUGUCAGAUUUUCCUCUGUGGCACCAAGAAGGACCUGAUCAAGGAAGAGGGCCGACCUCGUGCUGUCCAUUGGAGCGAUGCUCUGGAGUAUGCGGACGCCAUUGGGGCCAAACUGUUCGAAACCUCGAGCAAGACCGGGGAGGGCAUUGCCGACCUGUUUUGUCAAGUGGCCGAGGACUACCUGGACACUGUUUCACUGCAGAAGAACAAAGCCGAAGCACGUUUCCGUCUGGAAGAGCCCCGAAGCAGAGGCUGCUGCUAGCGUCGCUGGCCGCCGACGGUCUCCAGGUCGUGGAGCCAGCCGUCCCAGCCUGCCGCACCCGCCCGUCGCCAAGACGUUUGGCGGGCUGCCUUCUAGGCUAGGCCCUCAAGGGCCACAGCGGUGCUUGACAGUGCUAGCGGGUUCCAGCCAGAACAAGGACGCAAACUCCGGCACGGGAUCGUGCGUCUGACCUAGCUUAGCAGUCCCGCUGGUGCUGCUGUGACGGGAGGGAACCAGGCGUUAGUUGCCAAGCUUACAGGUGCCUUUGCGACAAUGGAGACAUUCACCAUUCUUUGUCUUCCCCAGAGACUGCGCUGGAGGGUUUAGUUUUGUACUAUGAGAGGAGGAGGAGGAGGCGGGGAGAUAAAUUAUUUAUUAUGCCUGACGGAAAGAGAGCGUAGUUGAACUGUUCCGUGAAUUUGUUUGACGCUGCCUGUUAUUUUAGAGUUGCAUACAGGUCCAUAGAGGACAUUGCAUCAUGAUGGUGCGUGUCUAGGGCAUGAUUUUUAUCCUUUAGUUAGAGCUACUGUACGAAAUGUGGAAAUCAACAUUUUUUUUUGUUGUUUUAUGCAUUGUGCUUCAUCUUUCCAGUAUCUGUGCGCAAUGGUGUCUACGUUUUUAAUAAAAACAAGUUUUGUAACACAG